AUGGUACCUGAACACACAAAUGUCACCAAACCACAUCCUAGCCCAGGCCUUUUCGCGCACGCCGUGUUGCGUACGACCAUGGACCACUAUGAGGAGAUGAGUCAAUGGUACAUUGAUCUACUCUCUGCGGAGAUCGUGCACAAGACAGCGAAUAUUACUUUCCUGCGUUACGACGAGGAACAUCACCGCAUAGCCAUUUUCGCAAGCCCAGACCAUGUGCCGAAGAUUGAAGGUCAUCGCACUGCCGAAGUCGAUCAUUUGGCAUUUACAUACCCCACCCUCACGGAGUUGGCGCAUGUGUAUACGUCUCUCAAAUCGAGAGAAAGACCCUGGAAACCAGUAUGGACCAUCAACCAUGGACCCACGACCAGCAUCUACUACCGCGACCCGGAUGGCAAUAAAGUUGAACUUCAAGUCGACAAUUUCGACACCAAGGAAGAGGCUGACGCGUUUAUGAAAGGCCCGCUGUUCAGCAUGAACCCGAUUGGGACAGAGAUUGAUGCCGAUGAGUGGGCGGAGGAGAUCUUGGCCAAAGUUCUCCCAAAUGGUGAGGAGGGCUUGAGCAAUGAUGAUAUUAAAAGGAUCAAAACAAGGAAGGAGAUUGGCGAGCGUUAUAGUCUACCUGAAGGUCUUUCAUAA